UCCACGGUGCCGCGCUUGGCUUUGUUUGUGUGCGCGUGUCGGGCUUCGCUGUACGGAUCGGCGUGCGCAGUUACGCAUUUUUUUUUUUUUAUUUUUUUUUUUUAAAAAAAAAAAAAAAAUUAAAAAUUUAAAUUCAUCGUCGCUUCGUUUUUAUAGCAGUUUUUAUGAGUAGUGCAGAGAAAUGGGGCGUGAGUGACAGCUGGUGCGGAGCUGAGCACUCCGUGCGUGCGCGUUCAGUGGGGACCAGCAGCGCAGCGGAUCGCGGAGCUGCGUCUCCGGACUCUGCACCCUGACGCCUUUUUUAACGUUCGCAGAAGAUGAAUUUUAUUUAACGUGUCCUUUUCCAUUUAGGCUACGCGAUACUGUAAGAUUCACUGAAGUGCCCUGAGAAGAUCAUGUGGUUGAACCCGGCGGAGGUGCGGCUCCCCUGCGCUCUGUGGGCCACAGAAAGAGCCAACCCCUAUUUUGUCCUUCAGAAGAGAAGGGGACCUAGAGACAGAGAUGGAGGACUUGCAGGCUUGCUGAUUGGAACCCUUGAUGCAGUGCUGGCCUCCGGUGCCCGCGUUGCUCCUUACAGGAUCCUCUACCAGUCGCCGGACUCCCUGACCUGCUGGACAGUGGCACAUGGCGCAUCCUACGGUGAGAUCACAAAGCAUUGGGAGUGGCUGGAGCACAACCUGUUGGAGACUCUCUCCACCUUUGAGAACGGGAGAGAUAUGAACACAUUUGUCAGGGUCAAGAUCCAGGGUGUGUUGGCAGAAUCUAGCCAGAAUUGUGGCGUUAGGGAAGACGGCGACACGGACAAGUUCAAAGAGGCCACCUCUCAAUUCCACAGGCUGUUUGAUAUGCCUGAGGAGGAGAAGUUGGUCAGCUAUUACUCCUGCAGCUACUGGAACAGCAAGGUGCCUCGACAGGGCUGGCUCUACCUCAGUAUCAACCACCUGUGCUUCUACUCAUUCCUGCUUCGUAAAGAGGAUGAAAUGGUGAUCCAGUGGGCGGACAUUACUCAGCUGGAGAGGAAUGCUACAGUGAUUCUACCAGACAGCAUUAAAGUCAGCACCAGGGCCAAGGAGUACAUCUUCUCCUUCUUCCUCAACAUCAAUGAAACCUUCAAGCUCAUGAAGCAGUUGGCCAACAUUGCCAUGAGUCAGCUGCUGGACAACAAGACCUUUGAGCAGGACCUCUCACUACCUGAACUGAAGAGCAAAAUGCCUAAGAAAGUCCCUGCGCUCAAAAGGGACCUGGAUGCCAGGGCAAAGAGUGAGCGAUACAGAUCCCUUUUCAGGCUGCCCAAGGACGAGAAGCUGGACGGGCACACGGACUGCACCCUGUGGACACCCUUCAGCAAGAAACACGUUGUGGGCCAGCUCUUUGUGUCCAAGAAUUACAUCUGCUUCUCUAGCAAGGAGGAGGCUCAGUGUAGUCUUGUCAUCCCUCUGAGGGAGGUGACUGUUGUAGAGAAGGCAGACAGCUCUAGUGUCCUUCCCAGCCCCUUGUCUAUCAGCACCAAGAACAGGAUGACCUUCCUCUUCGCCUACCUCAAAGACCAGGACUUCCUUCUUCGGAGAAUCUCUGGCUUUCUGCAGGAAACGGCUUCCCGAAACUGCUACGAAGAAGAUAUGGCUGAGAGUUUCAGCUCUUCGGACGAGGAGGUGUAUUCCUGGCAGAGCAGCCUGCCCUCCUGCAGCUCAGAGCCAGAAAGCGAGCGGCAUCUGUACAACACCAGCAUGCCCACGGCCGUACAGCCCCUCAUGGCCGUGUACCGCCGGAGAUCCCCAGAGGAGUUCAGCCCGAAGCUGGCCAAGGAGAUCCUGAAGGAGAAGGCUUGGAGGAAUCACUUUGCAGAAUAUGGCCAUGGUGUUUGCAUGUACCGCACAGAGAAGACCAAGGAGCUGGUACUCAAGGGAAUCCCAGACAGCAUGAGGGGCGAGCUCUGGCUGCUUUUCUCUGGUGCCAUCAAUGAGAUGGCCACCCACCCAGGCUACUAUGAGGAGCUGGUGAUGAAGUCCAUGGGGAGGUGCAGCCUAGCUACAGAGGAGAUUGAGCGCGACCUGCACCGCUCCCUGCCAGAGCACCCAGCCUUCCAGAAUGAGAUGGGCAUGGGCGCUCUGAGGAGGGUGCUUACUGCCUAUGCUUUCCGCAACCCCAGCAUCGGCUACUGCCAGGCUAUGAACAUCGUGACCUCUGUGAUGUUGCUAUAUGCGAAGGAAGAGGAGGCCUUCUGGCUGCUGGUGGCCUUGUGUGAGAGAAUGCUUCCAGACUACUACAACACCAGGGUUGUGGGUGCACUGGUGGACCAGGGUGUCUUUGAGGAGCUAGCCCGGGAGCAUGUACCCCAGCUGUACGACUGCAUGCAGGACCUGGGCGUCAUCACCACCAUCUCACUUUCCUGGUUCCUCACACUCUUCCUUAGCGUUAUGCCUUUUGAGAGUGCUGUUGUGGUGGUUGACUGCUUCUUCUAUGAAGGAGUCAAGGUCAUCUUCCAGCUGGCCCUGUCUGUGGUGGACGCCAAUGUGGAUAAGCUUCUUAAGUGCAAGGAUGACGGAGAGGCCAUGACAGUUCUGGGCAGGUACCUCGACAGCAUCUGCAAUAGAGACAGCACAUUGCCACCAAUGCCACACCUGCAUUCCCUUUUGAUUGAUGACAAGGAAUCAUACCCAGAAGUGGACAUCUUCAAGCUGGUUCACAGCUCCUACGAGAAAUUUGGUGCCAUCAGCGCAGACACUAUCGAACAGAUGCGCUUCAAACUGAAGCUGAGAGUGAUUCAGACCAUUGAGGAUACCACAAAACGCAAUGUGGUGCGGACCGUUCUGAACGAAACCGCCUUCAGCACCGAGCAAGUGGAGGAACUCUAUGGCCUGUUCAAGGCGGAACACCUCACCAGCUGCUACUGGGGUGGCAGCAGCAGCCCCAUGGAGCGGCACGACCCCAGUCUACCCUACAUGGAUCAGUAUCGCAUCGAUCUGGAGCAGUUCAAGGGCCUCUUCAGUCUUUUUCCCUGGGCUGGUGGAGACCACUCAGACACCCUGGCCCUGCGUUUCUUCCGGCACCUAGACCGGAAUGGAGACAACCUCAUCAACUUCCGGGAGUUCAUCAUUGGACUGAGUGUGCUCUGUCACGGAGACCUGACAGACAAACUGAGGCUGCUCUAUAAGCUCCAUGUUUGGCCUGAGGUGACAGAUGUCCAGGAUGAACCGGACUCUGCAUUUGAAGCCACGCAGUACUUUUUUGAGGACUUCACGGCCGAGAGCUCACGUGGUUGGUUCGGGCUUGACUCAGGGCCAAGAAAGGAGAAAGAUGAUGGUUUUGUGAGAGUUACCUUUAAGACUGAGAGAGUGAAGAGGAUGCAGACUCCUGACUGGCAGACGUUCUUAAGGCAGUGUCACCAGGAGGCCAGCUGGGUGCCGGAGAACAGAAAAGAGCUGCCCAAACUGAACCAGGCCCAGUUCAUUGAGCUGUGCAAGACACUGUACAACAUGUUCAGCGAGGACCCCAGGGAGCAGGAGCUGUACCAUGCCGCAGCCACAGUCACCAGCCUUCUGCUGGAGAUGGGUGAGGUGGGGAAGCUAUUCUGCAACCCCACUGGCAUGAACAUGGGGGUCACUGAAGAGGGCAGUGUUGGUCUUGGGGAGCAGGGCUUCCUGCGCCUGCAGACUAAUGGUGGGGACACUCGCGCUGAAGGGUUGACGGGCGAGGACAAACAGCAACCCUUCGCUGCUCUGGAGGAGGUCACGCUGGAGGACUCGCUUCCGUUGGGGGGCUGCCUGGACUCGGCCGAGUUCUUCCCGGACAAAGGGCACGGAGACGAUGUCUCCGUGUCGUCCUACUCGGUGCUGAGCUCAGGCUCCCACACCGAGCUGGAUGACAGAGACCGGCUGCGCUGCGAGGAGAUCGCCGAGGACACGGUUCUGGUGCGCAGCAGCCACUUCGGUGACAGCCUUCCUAACCCUGACUGCCUCGACAAGGACUGGACCAUUAGCUUCGAUCAGCUGCUGGCGUCUGUGCUCACCGAAGCCGCCUUGGUGCACUACUUUGAGAAACCCGUGGAUAUGGCUGCCCGACUCGCCAUGGCCAAGGGCAUGCGCAAGCUGGGGUCCUUCCUGUCUUCCACCGAAUACGAAGCGGCCCCUCCGCCAGGCUCGCCGGGCCUCUCCGAGAGCACGUGAGGAGCUGUAAUGUUCUCGCUCCAGGCCAUCUGUGUAAGAAUUUGUUCCGUAUGACUUGAAUUCAUAUAGAGACUGUUUCAGGGGUGCAUUCGCCUCUUCUGUCACAGAUGUGAAACUUAAAAAGGCUGCCGCUCUACUUCAAAUUUUACAUAGAGAAAUACUUGACCAAGGUCUUUUCAUACCAAGACAGAUAGUAAUGUACCAAAAGUAUUUACCAUACACACAACAUUAUAUUAAACUGACAGACCUACUUAUGUAAUACUUCAUAUUAAGUAUAACCUGUCUGAUCAUCUAAUGCAAUAUACUGUAUGCUACUGUUGUAACUUAAACUUAAUGUCUCUUCAGCAAGGGCAAAAAUAAGGUCAAAGUUCCAUAAGUGAUUGCACAUCAUGUAUGAUCCUUCAGCUGUAGUGUUCCACUGUUCUAAAACUUGAGCACAGAGACACUUUAAUUUGCUUUUUGGUAUUUCUCUAGCUCCAGAGUCGCUUUUCAUUUUUCCUCGGUGUCUAUUUAUAAAAGUUGUGCAUAAUAUUUUAAUUAAA